AAUAAUGAUAUGUUUAACAUAUGUGCGUGCGCCCGCGUGCACUCGCACGUAUGUGUAUGUAUGGAUGUAUAAGGCGGAGAUUACAUAUUCUCGGUUUUGCAUGUAAUUAUACGAUAUGAAGUAAUCAUAUAUAUAUAUAACACAUAUAUGUAUGACGAAAUAUCAAAGGCGCCGUAUGUUUGUCUGUCGACAAUCAACCAACAAAUUCUCAUCGAUAUUUAUUCUAAGCGAUUCACUCGAACGAAAUAAAUGCCAACUGUCGCUUGAAGCGAUUAGAAAUCAUAUUUCUUUAUGAGAAUUUAUUUAACAAUCUAACGAACAAUUAAAAUGAGUACGAAACAUUUAACCACGGGAUCAGUCGCACCACCUAUUGUACCUGGAAAAAUACGUUUGUAUAGUAUGCGUUUUUGUCCAUAUGCUCAAAGAAUACAUCUGGUUUUAGAUACCAAAAAAAUUCCAUAUGAUGUUGUUUAUAUCAAUUUAACCCAAAAACCAGAAUGGUUCUUAGAGAAAAAUCCUUUUGGAAAAGUUCCUUGUAUAGAAUUAGAAGGAGGAGAAAUAUUGUAUGAAAGUAUUAUAAUAGCAGAAUAUCUAGACGAAGCUUAUCCACAAAAUAAAUUGUGUCCAUUCAGUCCUUUUGCUAAAGCUAAGGAUAAACUAUUGAUUAAAAGAUUUAAUGGAGUUAUUACCAAUAUGUACAAGCUAUAUACUGGAACAACAGUAGAUCGUGAUUUAUAUAAUGAAGCUUUAUCUAGUUUGGAGUUUUUUGAUAGAGAACUUGUCAAAAGAAGAACUCCUUUCUUUGGAGGUACUUCACCUGGCAUGUUGGAUUUAAUGAUCUGGCCAUGGUGCGAAAGAGCAGAUAUUAUUCGGAUUUUGCGUGGAGAUGAAUUCAUAAUAUCUCGAGAACGCUUUCUAAGAUUGUUCGAGUGGAGAAAUGCUAUGAAAGAGGACCCUGCAGUUAAAGAAAGUUAUUUGGAUGCUGAAAUACAUACAAAAUAUAUGCGUAGUCGACUUGCUGGAAUACCUCAAUACGAUUUGCUAUUUAAUCUUUAACUAAAAAUAUGUGAUAAUAAAGGCCUCUAAAACUUAACUCAUUAAAGUUUGAAUGAUAACAUUAUAACUUAAUUAAUAAUUGUUUAUACAUGUCUACGUACAAAUAACUAACUUAAAAAUGAUAAAAAUUUGUUCAAUACUAUAUUGAACUAUGAUGCUGCAUUUAUAUAAUAUAUAAAUAAAAGAUUAUCAGAUUUACAAUGCUUAACAUAAAGCAAUCUUCUUUGAUAUUUUAUUUAUAAGUUUUUUUUUUAAUAUGUAUGUAUAUGUAUAUAUAUAAAUAUAAAUAACUAAAUGUGUAUCGAUGUUAUACAGUGACAUAACAAACAUCGUUAAUUAACUUACCUAAUGUAUUUUAAUGCUGUUGAUCUACUUCUAUAUUAUUGAUAUUAUUUGUAUAAAAUGUAAAAGUAUAUUGUAAUAUAUUUAUAUUUAAUUUUUGUUUUGAAUAAAAAACAAGUAUAGUUCUGUAAUAUAAAAAUGAUAAAAUAUAUCGGUAUAGUUAUACCGAUAAUACUUGAAACACAUAAUACAGUUCCUUAUACUGUAUGUACAAAAUGUUUGGAAACCUCUCUUGUAUUAAACAUACAAUACAAACCAU